UGCUUCAGUUACGCGCUUGCCGUUGUCGCGAGUAUGCAAUUAGAAGAGAAAGAAAGUAGUUUUCAGUAAUUUUAUCGUAUAAUCGUACUAGUUGCAACGUUCACUGUUCUUUUUUCUUUCUCUGCAUCUCUCUCUCAUUUUCUCUCUCUUUUUUCUGUCUCUUCCGACUUUUCAUUAUCGAGUAAAAACGAACGAAAAGAAAUUCUUUGUGAACAAUUUACAUUCAUCUCGUCGCGUUCCAUUAUUACAGUGUGAAGCUGGAUGACCAUCGUUGUCGAACGUUACUUGAAAGAGUGGUGAACGAUGAGCCAAGCGGAUCAGGACAAAGAUAAAAGUAUGGACAAAAAGGAAAUUGCGGAGGAGGAGAGGGAGAAGAUGCUAAAUGCCGAGAACACUAAACAUACCGGUGCUGCACCUGCAUCUGAUUUAGAAUCCGAGGAGAAUAAACCGAAGAAGAAGAUACCAAUUGGCGGUAUCAAGAUGCCAGGAUUUUGUCGUACCAAAAGCAAGGAACCAUGCAAGGACGAUGAAACCAAACCCGCUGAAUUGACAGAUACAGAAACUACAGCUGUUAUGACAAAGGAAAACGAACAAAAUGCGUCUCCUGCUCCUGAGAAACCAACAACCCCGGCAAAGGACUCAAAGGAGAAGGAAGGACGAAAGGGCAUUCUAAAUGCCAUUAGAUUACCGCUGGUAUCCGUAUUUCCUAGAAAGAAGAAUAAGGAUGGAGAUGCUGACUUGGGAACGACUGGUACCGCUGGUUUGGCCAGUAUCGAAACCCUUGAUGACGGUGGGACAGAAAAAAAUCCUAUCGCUAAUGAGGAUGGCAUGGAAACGGUACGUUUAGAUAGCGACGCUGCUGAUGGAGCAGAACUUCCAAAACGUCAAGUCUGUGCAGUUUGCGUGAGAGCUGCAAGGCGAAAUUUAUUUGCCUUAGCUGCUUCAUUGUGUAUUCUACUGUCGGUGAUUAUUAUCAUAUGCGUCGCUUGUAAUGGACCAAGAAGAAGCGCUAAUCAAUCUCAUAAGACCGGCAAGUACAUAGAAGCGGUAACAUCAUGUGGACCCAUUCAAGGUGUCUUAGAAGAUGGUGCAUAUGCUUUUCGUGGAAUACCAUAUGCUGUCCCACCAGUUGAAAAUCGUCGAUGGCAAACCGCUGAACCACUCAGUAGACUCGAACACUGUUGGAACGGAACUUAUUUGGCUCACAAUGCUUCGGAGAUGUGUUGGCAACGUGAAACUUCCGGUAGAAUUGACGGGGUCGAGGAUUGCCUCUAUCUUGAUGUAUUUACGCCAGACGUACGAUAUGAUUCACCUUUACCGGUAGUAGUCAUGAUCGGUGCGGAAACUUUAAGCGGCUCAUCGCCUGGUGUAAUGCAACCAUCGGCAAAACUUGCUCGUGUUCGUGACAUGAUCUUCGUGAGACCUAACUUUCGAUUGGGAAUUUUUGGAUUCUUAGCGACCGAACCACUUUCUCGAGCUACACAUCCACCUACGUCCGGUAAUUACGGACUCUCGGACAUCAUAGCCGCCCUACAAUGGGUCCAAUUGAAUAUCCAGUAUUUUGGUGGCAACAAAACUUCCGUAACUCUUUGGGGUCAUAGAGCUGGUGGUACUUUAGUCACGACACUCGUAGGAAUACGAAAAACUCGUAAUCUCUUUUCGAGAGUCUGGGUCUCAAGCGGUAGCGCGAUUUUCCCUCGUAAAGAGCUUAAAAAGUCUGAACAACAGAGCGAACAGUUUCUUAAUUCCAUUCGAUGCACGGAUGCGAAUUGUUUGCGUAGCAAGGGUGCCGAAGAUCUGAUAGAUGCCGUACCGGAAACUUGGCAUAGUAGCUUUGUUGGGCUGCCGGAAACGAGAGAGACUUUGGCGAGGGAUCGAAUGCACGAGUGGCUGGUUCUAGAUGGUGCUAUCUUACAGGAACAUGUUGGUGAGAUUUGGGUGAGGGACGAGUUGCCUGUUAAGGUCGUUAUGGGUACCACUGCCCACUCCGGAACUCCGGCACGAUAUCUUUCUUCGGAUGUUAUUUUCAACUCCACUCAAAUAGAAAAGAUCAUUCGUGAAUCUUUAUUAGGCACUAGCGGAUUAGCGGAUGAAGCUCUCAGACGAUACAACGCUACUUUUGAAGGUCUGGUUAGAAUGAUAUCGGACAUACGAGUGGUCUGUCCAUUGAUGACAGUUGCCAGCAUGAAAUCGAAUGUUCCAUUUUAUGUAGCGACUCAGCCACGUGGAAACUUGGCAGAUCCUGAUAGCGAUGCAGCGGCUAUACUUGGUACUUAUGCUGCAAGAACGCCAGAAGAAAAAAGGCAUGUAUCGGCAAUGCAACAGUUGUUCAAUCAUUAUGUGUGGCACGGAGAAGUAGCUCAAGCUGAUCCGUCAGGUGCAAAUAGAGUUCUGAUUGUUAGUCAGGAUCCCUUACCGCAGCACGAUUAUCCAAAUUGCGAUUUUUGGAUACAAAAGGAUAUCGUUCCCUUGUAUGGGCGAGUCGAUUAAAUUUCAUUGUUGUCUUGAUCUCCGUAUAAGGUCCAAUUUAUUUAAGAAUCUUCAUUGGAAACACGCGUUAUCCGUUGAAUUUCCAUGAACGAAGGAUUCUUUUCAUGAGGUUAUAUACAUUGACAUUUAAAUAGAUAACUAAUUAAUGUUUUAUGAGAUACGAAAUAUUACAAAAAAAAAAAGAAAAAAAAAAAAGAAAAGUAAAAAAUCGUACCUCUGUAACAUGACGAGCAACAGUAUCUAUUAGGAUUGGCGAUUAAAUAAAGCGGAACGGUGAAAUCAAAACACAAUGAAAAAUAUAUAUGAGGACGACAUAAACGAAUUGAAUGAUACAAUAUGAAGUAUGUAAUUUUAAUAUAGAAUGUGGGUCCACAUGGCACGUGGAUUCUUAUGUACGUGUAUAAAUGUGAAUCAAAUUGUAAUAUAUUACGAGGAGAUGGAAAAAGGAGAAUAACGAAAACAAACAAAUCGCGCAUAGCUUAAGAACAAAAAAAAAGCAAAUAUCUACAGUUCAUAAUUAUUAUACAUAUUCUAUAUUCUUGUAAGCUGUACUCCAAGGGGUACGGAAGAAAUUGCAAGAAUUAUGAGAAAAUUCAUUACUAUUAUCAAAUGAUUCAUGUUCCACAGUAUAUUGGUACACAUGCACUUUACACUUCACCUUCCUUUCUUAUUUAAUUACAUCCCAUUUUUAAUAUUCCUCUUUGUACUCACACUCAAUUAAAAAAACUCAACAAAAAUAUAAGUUUGAGAAUCUUGGUUGUUAUCAAUGGUCUGUCAACAUUUUCGCACUUUUACAUAAAAACAAUGUUGCACAAUUGCACAAAAGUCUACUCCUGAAUAUAUUGCAAAAGAAAUACUGACCCAGCAAACAUAGAAUAUUUUGUAAUGAUACAGCAAGUAUGGAAAAGCAUUUGUCAUUGCUUUUUUAAAGAAAAAGUUAUUAAUCUUAUUAUAAACAUGUUAUAAUGAGUUUAUAACUGCUUUAUUGCUUGUAUAGUGUUUGCUAGUCAGUAUGAAUGUUAAUGCUUGGAGAAGUGUAGUACAUAUCCAUUUCAUAAAACUUAUUGGAUCGUUUCUACGGGCAUAAUUUUCAGGUAUAACUUUUUUACUCCGCUUUUUGUAAGACAACUUUUUUAUUAUUAAUAUUGGUUUAGAAGUAAUGUAGUUAGAAAGCAACAUCCUUUCAGUAGGAUGUUUGUAGACUGACUUAAUAUACCUAUACAGUAUUUACUAACCCUUGUAAGGGAACUGAAGACUCUUUGUCUUAUUUAGACUGAAGCUGCCAAAUUUGAUACUCUCUUAAUAAACAAUAAAAAGUUUUCCGGAUAUAUGUAUUUUCAAAUACCUUGAUCAUGUAUGGUUUUAUAUACGUCUAUUUUUUUAAAGUUGAGUAUAGUCACUAAUUUUAAAAAAAGAUAAUAAAAUCAACUUCUUCAAUAAAGUUUUCAGAAUUUCAGAUAAGUUAUUAAAAUUUAUUAUGGACUCAAAAAUACUUUUUAUGGACUAUAAAAAUAAGUUGUUUAAUUAUACUUAGUAAAUCAGAUUAUAACUAUUUACACAUAAUUAUUAAAAUUAAAUGCAAAUAGCAGUACAGUAAUUUUAAUACAUAAUGUUUUUAUCCAUUUAAUAUGUACAAUAAAUGUAUUUAUUUUACUUAUUAAGAGCCGAA